GAAGUUUGUCUUUUGUCCAUUUAAUGGAAAUUUCUUUUUUGAAGAUAAGGACGAUAGAGUUGAACGAUCAAUUUCCACCGUCAAAUUUUUCCUCAACUCCAGUCAAGUGUUUCAAGCUUAAUCAGCAAAGUAAUACUUUCAGGUUUAGAAGAAAAUGGCAACAUCAUCAGGAGGUAAAACCAAGUACAUAAUCGGUGCUCUUAUCGGCUCUUUCGGAAUCUCAUACAUCUUUGACAAAGUUAUCUCUGAUAAUAAGAUCUUUGGAGGGUCUACUCCAGGAACUGUAUCUAACAAAGAAUGGUGGGCAGCCACGGAUGAGAAGUUUCAAGCGUGGCCAAGAACCGCUGGUCCUCCCGUCGUUAUGAAUCCCAUUAGCCGUCAGAAUUUCAUCGUCAAGUCGCGCCCAGAAUGAGAGAAACAAAGUUCAAUGCUUUCAUUUUCAGAAUAAGAUGAAUGACAGAUGUUUCUAAACCAAUCCGAGCUUGCUUGUACUACUAGAUAACAAUACAUUACAACACGGUUUGCGGAACUAUUCCACAGUCUAUCUUCUGUUAAAAACUCAAAUAAGCUAUUGCAAAACCCUUAUGAGGAGACUCAGAAGUCCUAAAUAUCAACAAAACAAAGCUUUCUUUUUGA